GAGAGAGAGAGAAAGAGAGAGAGAGGAUGGCAAAGAUGAAUAUCCGGUGUUUCUUGAUGAUUGCUUCGGUGGCGAUUCCCUUAUUGCUGUCGAUAUCUUCAGCUUCUGCUAAGGGUGAUGUUACGGCGCUUCAGAUCGGUGUCAAGUUUAAGCCAGAAUCUUGUGACAUUCAGGCUCAUAAAGGUGAUAGAAUCAAAGUACACUAUAGGGGAAAACUCACAGAUGGAACUGUUUUUGAUUCUAGUUUUGAAAGAGGUGACCCUAUUGAGUUUGAGCUUGGCAGUGGUCAAGUAAUCAAAGGAUGGGACCAAGGACUCCUGGGAGCAUGUGUUGGGGAGAAGCGAAAAUUGAAGAUACCUGCAAAACUUGGUUAUGGGGAACAAGGAUCUCCUCCUACCAUCCCUGGUGGAGCAACACUGAUUUUUGAUACUGAGCUUGUUGCAGUGAACGGGAACAGUGGAGGGAAGGCCAUAGAUGCAGACAGUGAUCUAUAGUUGAAGGGACAACACUUCUGAAAUCUUGGAUACUAAAAUUUCAUAAGCUUUAAAUUCAAA